AAUUAUUAUAAUAUUAUUAUACUCUGUUCUUUCUGCAGGCGUCGGCUGUUGAUCUGAAAAUGGAUACAGGAAAGUUUGUCUUUCUGGCUAUCCACUUUCCGGAUAUGUCCGUCGUUCAAAAACAGCAGAUUGGCUGGGAUACCGACGACGAAAUAACCAGGGUGUCGCGACGACUACUUCCAUUUUGGUUUGAAAUAACUGCCAUGAACCCUCCUACUGCUCGGCUGAUCCAGGAAUGGAGAAAAGUGACGAGCGAAGCUCGUUCAAAUUACGGAACGGACAUACCAACCACUGCUCAAUUGAACCUGAUGCAAAUGUCUGCGUACGCUUCUGUUUAUAUGGCUUUACAGAUUCUUAAUGACCAUUACGAUGAUUUACACGAUAUGGAUGGGAUGGACCUGACCAAAUUAUUUCUGAACAACACGUUUCAUACACCAGGGCAAAUAAUAACCGUUGGCCCUGAUGGAAUGCGUUUAACCGAUGUGUUCAUCAAGCAGUAUGACAACCAGACCUUUGUUCCGACACUAACCUGGGUUUAUUCUGCGGAAACGGAAAGCCUAAGUUUUGUGGUGAAUGGAAAUUUUUCGUGGCCAGGGUCUAAUGGCUUUCUGCCGGCCAACAGCUUUCCUCCAUGUGUUGAUCGCAUCUGCGUGGAUGCAUCAACAGUUACGCCGGGAACUUAUGCUUUGGAUACGUUUCUUGGAAUUUUGGGAAUUAGCAUAAUCAUCAUCAUAUGUUUGUAUUGCAGGCGAAAAACCGAGCUAGUGGAAAACAGUUGGUGGAUGGUAGAAAAUGCUGACAUUGUGGAUUUGACUACGAAUCCAACAGUGUUUAGGUUUGCCGGCUUGGCAGUACCUUUUGUGGACAACUACGAUGGAACUCCUAAAUUUCAAAACGCUCUCUACAAAACAUUUCGUGUACAAGCGGCUCAUGUUGCAAAUAUUAAAAGAAUUGACGAUGUCCUGCAAAAUCGAGCCGCGAUAGCUGUGCUGAAACAGAUUCGAGAAUGUAACCAUCCCAAUUUGGGCAAAUUUUUCGGACUGCUGUUCCCGUCGCAGUGGACACCAACGUCCAAAAGACUGCUGGCAAUUGUUGAAUGCGGCCAGAAGGGACUUCUGAGAAACUACAUUGAUCAAGAUGACCUUGCCUUCAGCUGGGACCUGCGCUUCUCACUUAUCUGGGACCUGUUUCGCGCAUUAGAGUACAUCGGUCGAAUUUCGCUGCGUAUUCAUGGGGCCCUGGAUUUUUCUUGCCUUAUCAUCGACGAACAUUUCAGUCUUAAGAUUGUUAGACUCGGAAUGCACCAAUUACAACAGUCUCUACAAAGCUCUCAAAAAUCCGCUGAAUCCUUUCCACGAAUUUGCCGUCUCUGGAUGGCGCCGGAAGUAUUACGGAAUGCUAAUCAUGCCUAUACACCAGCCGCAGACAUAUUUAGCUUGGGCGUAAUUCUGUAUGAAAUUGCUACCCGGAAAACUCCAUUCAAUGUCGAUGUGUUCGACCCAGUUGCAGUUGAAGCAAUGGUGGAACGUGUUAAGAACGGUUUCCUAAAGCCUUCUACAUAUGAAAUCAAAAGCACACACCCGACGAUAGUUGACCUUAUAUACCGAUCAUGGGCGUUCAACCCCGAAACUCGCCCUUCAAUCGGAGAUUUUAUGCACGGCUUAAAUAUUGUCCAUCCCCAUACGAAUAUAUCCUUUACUGACAGUCUCCUUAUACGCUUGCAAAAAUAUAAUCUGGAAUUAGAAGGCAUCGUGGCUGAUCGCACUAUUGCUCUGCGUGAAGAAGCAGAUAAAGUGGACAAGCUUCUGGGGAAUAUGCUUCCUAAAUCCAUAGCUAAAGAGCUGAGAGACAAGAAGUACGUCCAACCCGAGUUUUUUGAAUCGGUAUCCGUGAUGUUUAGCGAAAUUCCGGCUUUUAAACUGGUUGUGACAUGCUGUUCACCGCUAAUGAUUGUGGAGUUGCUGCAUAAUCUAUAUUCCAUUUUGGAUACAUUAAUUCCAUCCUACGAUGUAUACAAGGUGGAAGCGAUUACAGAUUUGUACAUGAUCGCAAGUGGGCUUCCCGCAAGAAAUGGAAUUAUGCAUGCGCAAGAAAUUGGGCGAUUAAGUUUGCAGAUGUUACGAUCAACGCAUCAUCUGACUUGCCUCACGGAUGGCCGCGACGCUCGGCUUAUAUUGCGUAUCGGAAUUAACUCGGGGCCUUGUGUUGGGGUUGUCAUCGGCAAACGGCUUCCACAUUACGUUCUAGUUGGAGAUACCGUCAACACAGCCAGUCGCAUCGAAACAAAUGGCGAAGGUACACAAGCGCAAAGCGAGUUCUUGCAUGGCAUUAAUAACGAAUCCAAAGUUCAUAUUUCGGAAGUCACAAAGUGCUUGCUGGAUGUCACCGGAAAUUUCAUCACUGAGCCAAGAGGACAAGUUUGUAUUAAGGGGAAAGGAAGUAUGACGACCUAUUGGUUACUCGACACUGUGGAUGGUUUGUACAAGUCGCCGAAAGAAUUUUCGCAGCGAGAAAAAGAAAGAUGGCACCAAAAUGGAGAAAAUCAAUAAUUAUCGAUUAAGAUAAAAUAACGACGAAGUCUUUUGUGCAGUCCGAAUAGAUGUGAUACUUAAGAGUUUAACAAAAUUAAAAGUUUCUCCUUUAGUCAGUUAUGUACGUGAUACAAAUUUGUAGUAUAACACAUGUAUUGGGUGUACGAUGUCGUUGGUGGUGUACAGAAUAAACAAAUCGCUUUCUAGUCCAAAUGCAAAUUAAUCUUCCAAAAUAAAGUUGUAACCU